AUGAGUGCCGCGAGAUUCUGUCCUCCAUUGCCUGCUUCUGCUGCUGCACCCAUGAGGGGUAAAACGUCUAGCUUGAGUUCUUAUUCUACUUCUGAUACUAGCUGGGCAGAUGGGCUUCGCGGCAUCGCUUCGAUAUUCGUGGUUUCGAGCCAUAUCACUCUAUGCUUUGCACGGGGUAUUGUGCCCCCGUCAAAAGGGCAAGAUGGCCCGUCCACGCUGUUCCAACGUCCGUUCUUUCGGCUGAUAGGCCAGGGCAAUGCAUUCGUCGCGAUAUUCUUCGUCCUCCUUGGAUUUUGUAACUCCCUAAGGGCCAUCCAACUUUCUCGGGCCCGCACUGUCUCAGACGCACUCUCUACACUUUCUAGAAGCUCUCUUCGUAGGAUUUGCAGGCUGGUAACCCCAGCUGCAGUUGUUGUUGUCAUAUCAUGGUCUCUGUGCCAGCUGAACUUUUUUUAUUUGGCUCAAAGGUCGGAUGCCUUUUGGUUGCAAAGCACAACUCCAAAGCCAAGUGAUGCAAUUCAGACGUCCCUGACCCAUUCUCCCAUCCAUCUCAAUAGAGCCACUCAAUAA